AUGGUUUAUAGUAGAAUUGAAGAACGGCUGUCAUUCGAGCUGAAUCGAAGCGCCGGCGGAGAUUUAAAUCCAAGGCGGAAACCGCCGUCGUUGAUGUACAGAUAUUUCAGCCUGAGGAUGGUGGCGCUGAUGUUGCUCCUAACGGUUUCGUUACUGCUACUGCCUCUGCUCCUGCCGCCGCUUCCGCCGCCGCCUCUGACGCUCCUCCUCAUCCCCGUCGCAAUCAUGGCGGUGCUCGUGUUUCUCGCCUUCGCGCCGCCGCAGCUGCCCAAUGUCGCUUUGUGA